CGCCAUUGUGGAUUUACUUAGCGUCAGGUUCCGCCCAACAAUUUGCUCUUUAAAUCGAAGAAUUCCAACCGAUAACAAGACCGUGUUCGUUCGCAGUUCAAGAUAAGAUCAUGGACGAUUUGGCAACUAAGUUUCAAAAGUUCUGCAUUCAGGGAAGGGCUUCACAAGGAGACUUAAAAACGGUGAACAACAAAAAUCUAACAAAGCUAAUGAAGGAUUGUAAGAUUGUUGGAAAGAGCCUUACCACAACUGAUAUCGAUAUUACUUUCAGCAAAAUAAUGGGAAGUAAAAAAGAGAUGAGCCUUGCACAAUUUAAGGAAUUCCUAAAAGUGUUGGCCCCUAAGUACAAGAAAGAUCAUAAGUUGGCAGACGAUGACGCCGCAUUUGACGCCAUGAUAGAGAAAGUCAAGGGUGGUGGCGUUUCUACGGCUGGAACAACGGGAACCAGUAAAACAGGCGGAGUUGGAAAGAUGACCGACGCUUCUCAAUACACUGGUGCCCAUAAAGAGAGAUUUGAUGCCAGUGGCAAAGGCAAGGGAAUCGAAGGUAGAGAAGACCGAGCUAGUGGAGACGGUUAUGUCGGCGCUUACAAAGGAAAAGACACAUUUGAUAAGAAAUAGUAAAGGAAAAUUUGGACUUCAUAGACAUACAUAACCACGCAUCAUCUGUAGCUUAGUAUAUUCCAAGUUCAUCGUGUGGACGUUGUCAAACUGUAUUUUGAACAAUGAAGGUAGUCCAUCAACACGAGAGAAGGAAAUCAUACUGAUAGACCGAAUUAUAGUUCUAGAUUUGCAUAAGUAGAUCAUCUGAUCAUUCACUGUACAUGCUGUAUCUACGGACAGAGCAUUUCACAGCUAGACCUUUCUUAUUUUUUCGUUGUACGCUUUAUACGUUUAACGUAGCAUUAAAUUACGUACAUUAUUUAUACUCUUGGGGUACUGCAAUUCAGUACCGAUGUGUGCCAUAUU